AUGGACAACGCUACAGCCGCUAACAACGUUUCCACCGGUAUGCCGGAAUGGAAUACCAAAGUCGCGAUAUCUCUCGUCCUUUGCAUCACCGGCCUGGGUUUCAACGGGAUACUGGUGUUGACCUUUCUUGUUAACCGUCACUUAUGGAGACCCUUCAACAUAUACCUUUUUAACCUGCUUUUCUCUAACCUCUUGUUCUUCAUCACGGAAUCUGGUUUUGACAUUGUGCAAAAUCUGAACGGCAUGUGGCUGUUAAAUUCCGCUUGUUGUACCGUGUAUCUGUUCGGCUGGUGGGUGGUAACAUUGGUGCAACUGACCACGCAUCCGCUGAUCGCCACCAACCGCAUCUGGGCCCUGUGGGCGCCCAUCAGUUACCGGCGUCAUCACGGCUACCAGACGGCCAUUGGACUGUGUGUGGCCACGUGGAUCUGUGGACAUAUCAUCGGGUUAUGGGGGUUGUUGAGUGAUCAUCUCUACUAUCGGAAUCUGGAGGAUACUCAUGUGUGUCAAAUUGCGGAUACGGAGGCCAGUCAAAGGGUGUGGAUGCUGGUUGUGCAGUUUAUCAGUAUUGCGGCGGUGGUGACGAUUGUUGUGGCUUUUCCGUUGAUUGUGUAUAAAGACCAAAAGCGGAAAAAGAUUCGCGAAGGAAUUACUGUGGUGACCACGGGGAACGACGGUAAUGCAACAGGAAUAACGCAACAGAAGCAGCAAGGUGAGACCGGCACAGCCGGGAGUGUUGCGCCGUCUGCGCCAGAGAUCAUGCAGCACCAUUCCAAUAUGCCACCGACGCGGAGUACAACAUUGACACGUAAUCCCAAAGAGCGCUCAAACGCCCAUACCCUUCUGCUCUUUGUACUGACCGUUAGUGUCUUCAUUUUCUGGUCUCCAUCCGUCUUCUACUAUGCGGUUGUCCCGUUUACCGGCUAUUCCAAUCCGACGGUUGACAAUGUCGUCAUGAUUAUGUUUAGUGUACAAUCGGUAUUGGACCCGAUUUUAUUCACGUUCAACUUACGCAACUUACGCAACACCGUGGUCAGUACAAUUUACUUCUGGAAACGCUGUUUGCGAUGA